GCAAUAUCGUAUCCCGUAUGAAAAGCCAUUAUAAGCUACAUUAUCAGUGCAAUGUCACUGCGGUGAACAGAUCUCUCGCAUUACAGUAAGUGGUGUAGACGCGAAUACAGACACUUGUGGACUCUACAUAGAGAUAAUAAUAUCCCACUUCUGACACCUUACUAUAAAGUAUAAUAGUACUUAUAAAAUGUAAUAAAAUGUUACAGGCAGUACAAAAAAUACAAGGCAUUUUGUUUCGUCUUCAUUCUGUAAAAAUAAAAAAAUGUAAAAUUCUUAAUUUGAAAAGUGGUAGUUUUUAAUUUCCAACCUACUAUGUGCUAAUCCUCUAUCUACUAUCUAUAGUGUGGUACGUCAUUCAGCAAUGUACACACCCUAUCUACAAUGUCGCGAUAACGCAUCGAUAAAAAUCUUAUCACUCCACUUUUACGAGGAGACGAAUGUAGUUGUGUCUGUGAAGUGAAAAAAAUAAAAAUGCGCGCCAAAAAUCUUUUGACGUUUUUGUUUUUUAAUUUUUAUUUUGCGUGCGGCCAAGACGUUACGGAGGAAGCGGUGAGUGUGAUAAAGGUGUGUUCACAUUGUACGUGCAGUGAAAUACCAGACGUGGACGGUACACAUUUAGUUUUAAAUAUAUUGUGUUCGGAGCUAGAUAAAAUAGACAAUCUAGCUGAUUUGGAUAAAAUCGAGUGGCCCGAAAAUCCCAAUGGCUUGAAAAUCGCUGCUACCUUUGAAGGACUUGGAAUCUCUACACUAGGCAAGUUACCGCCGAAUUCACAACUAGAAACUCUUAAGUUUAGCGGGAACGCCAUUAAAACCUACUGGCCUGAUCCGUUUAGAGAGGUACCGAAUUUGAAGAAACUCUCCUUCUAUCAGAACGAGCUGACGGAAAUAACUCCUGACCUCUUCACCAAUCUAGAAGGAUUAGAAGAUCUAGAUCUUUCAUACAACAAGAUCUCGCAGUUCAAUCCAUUGGAUUUUAAGCUCUUACACCGCGUCAGAAGGUUUAAUUUGCAAAGUAAUGUAUUAAAGAAGAUUCCAUUUGAAGCUUUAAAACCUAUGGUAGCUCUGGAAGAUCUGGAUUUGAGUAAGAAUGGAAUAUACGAUGUGCUUCUAAGAAGAGUGAACAGUGAUGUACUGAAGAACUUGAAAAGGUUGAAUUUGAACGGGAAUAGAAUAAGAUCUAUAUCCAAAGAGUCGUUUCCAGAAGAUAAUGUUAUAGAGCUUCUGGACAUUUCCAACAAUAUAAUUGAAGUGAUCGAAGAGGAUUCGUUCCUUUCCUGCACGAGUUUACGCGAAUUGAACCUUGCGCAGAACAACAUAACGUUCACUUUUGCGUUGCCGCCCACGCUGCAGAUUGCCAUUCUGAAGAUCAACACUCUAUACCACUGGCCGAAGUUCCCGGCCGGUAUAACGUAUAUAGAUUUAUCGUACAAUCGAUUGUCAACUCUAUACGAUGAGAAUAACGUCCAUUUUGAUAAUUUAGAGGUCCUAAACAUUGGAGGUAACCAACUCAAAGAAUUCUACAUCGAGAAGAAGUUACCAAAACUGUUCAUCUUAGAUUUAUCAUACAAUCUUUUGUCUGACGUGCCGAAAUGUUUCACCAGCCAGACUUUUCCGAAUCUAGAAGAGUUGAGACUUGAUGGGAAUCCUAUGGAGAGUAUUUACUUCAAGAACAUAAUUGCCUUAAAAACUUUGUAUAUGAAUGAUAUGAGUAAACUCUCUGUAGUCGAAGAUAAAGCGUUCAGCAAUGUCAUUGGGAGAAAUGAUGACUUAUUCGCCAAGAACUGUUUCUCUCUCUUUCUCUCCAACUGUGCGGGACUGAAAGAGAUACAGGAGGGGGCUUUUGACGGUACUUCGUUGUGUGCGCUAGACAUAAGCAGCAACAGUCUGACAGGGUUGUCCAAAACCCUUCUAGACUGGAGUACGGUGGACAGUGUGAAUCUACAGAACAACCCGUGGCAUUGCAGCUGUGAUCUGCAAUGGGUUAUUGACGAUUUGCUGCCCAAGCUGUAUAAAGUUAAUUCGAGACUGUUAACUGAGUUGAGAUGCGGCUCUCCUCGGGCUUUCUCUGGUCUGCGGCUGAUACACUGGUACAACUGGACUGAGCAGGCCAUGUGCGGGGAAGAUUAUACAUCGCACAGCACUUACAUGAUCGAACCCUCUCGGUCAGCAGGUCCGCAGGUGACAACCCUGACGCUAAUCCUGGGCGGCUGCAUCAUAGUGUGUCUGUGUAUCGCGACAGCCCUGGCCGUGUACCUCAUCCGCAGUCGGCGGCGGCACCGCGUGCGCCAGGCCGCGCUCGCACGCCGCCGGCAGAGCGCCGCCGAUAACAACGGCAACGGCGAACAGUUCACCGCACUGAAUAAGGCGUAGACAUCAUAGAGAAUGACAUACAUAUUAGAUCUAUGAUAAUAUCUACCAUAGACAUGGUCACUAGGGUUAAAUCAACCGCAACGAGAUGCAUUUCUAAAUUUGUACUGAAUUGACAGAUUUCAAUUGCGU